AUGGAUCCGCUUUCAAUAUCAGCAAGCGUGGCUGGCCUCACGGCGAGCUGCGUGCAAACCGCCAAAGCGCUGCACGAUCUGAAGGAUAAAUUUGACAAUGCGAACCUCACCAUCUCCGCAGUAUGCACCGAGACAACACUCAUCUCGGCAUCCAUGUCCCGUAUCCAGAGUCAUUUGCUGCGAGACCCAGAGUCUGUGUCGGAUAAGCUGCAUAGCCAGCCCAGUCUUGAAUCGACCCUAGACCAGGCCCUGACAGGGUGCUAUCUCGUUUUCGAUGUGCUGCAAAGCGAGGUCUCGAAGCUGACAGAAUCGGCACUGCUGGAGCCCUCGUUGGACCUUCGCUUUACUGCGAAACUGCGGUAUAUGUGGAGUGAAAGCACUAUGAAGGAUAUUUUAAACCAGAUGCGCGGUCUGCAAACAGCACUUACCCUGCUCCUGCAGUUAUUGGGAGUUGACACGAUAGCUGAGCUCAAGCAAAUGAUGGACCAGAACAUAACGAUUCUCGGUGAAGUCGCCCAGCAUACGUCGCGCAUCUCUACAUCUGCCAACAAGCCCCCGCGAACACCGAGAUCUAUUUAUGAUAUGUCCUUUAAAACCCUCAGCAUUCCGGACGAUGGGACGUCACUAUAUAGUUCCAAGUUGUUUGAAUUUGAUGACCAAGUCGUCAACUCGACUGUAUAUCGCCGGACUCUGGCAAAGGCUUAUGCCCGGGAGAGUACCGCCGAAAGCACUAACGCUGCAAAAGAUGAGGUCUCUAAAGCCGCAGAUGUACAGAGCACAUCCGGAACGUCGACCCCAACCCCUGCUAAACUAGGAAAUGGAGAAGAAGACGAAGCAAAGAGAACUACAGCUAGCCUCAUUUUGCCCAUGACAAAUGGUCCAUUGAAGGAAUUUCUAUAUGAGCGCGACUACCCUCUUGCGUGGGGGGAUCAAUGGUCGCUGAAGCCAGAGGACCUUGCUUCUGUCCCUAGCAAGGAAGUCAAUCGCCAGAACCUCCUCCACGAGAUAGUAGCGACAGAGGACUGGUUUCUCAGGGGUACCCAGGUUAUCCAUUAUCUCUACUACCAUCGCCUCGCACUCCACCCGCCCACGAUUGUAACCAGCGGGUCAAACCUGGAGUUUGCCGAACAGUACUUUGGCUUCCACGACCGGUUUUACUACCUGCAUAAGACAUUCUUAUACGACCCGCUAAUUGAAAGGCAAAAGGCAGAGGGGCCGUGGGUAACUAACUAUUCUGAUAUCUUCCAGCGAUGGCUCCUCGAAGCCACUCCGAUCUAUCUGGAAUUCAGUGCCCUCUAUCCACACCUGCACUCUGCGGUCGAGGCUGAAGCUUCAUCUGUAAAAGAUGUAAACUUCAGUAUAUUCCUAACCCAGUCAAUGAAUCACAAAGCUAGCGCACGACUCCCGUGGUCGACAUACAUGAAGGCCCCGAUAAUUCGCAUUCAAAGAUACACGCUGCUACUCCCCGUCACCCUACAAAGCAGCGACCCGGAUAAUGAGCGCCAUGGGUAUCGCGCCAUGCAAGAGGUAAUUAAUGGCAUCCGGGAGCUUGUCCAGAUGUGCAAUACCGAGGCCGUCAAGGCUGAGAACAGCGUGCGAGUGAGCAAAUUGAGAGCGCAGCUGGGGCCUAUACUCAGCAGCCGGGUCAUCUCGCCCAAUGCCAGUAUCCUGUUCGACGAGCGCCUGUGGCACCAGAAACGUGGAUUCAGAGGAGCCGCUCAGUUCAGAAUUGUGGUUAUCGCUUCUCCCCAUCCUCACUCGCGUUUACUUGUUCUGAAUCCUCCUUCCCAGCUGAAGCACAUUAUAGAUGACGCGGGCUCGUAUGAGUUGGCGAAGCAGUUUAACUCUCACUUGACUCUCACGUCCAGAAAGGACACUGACGGCGGAUUUGUGUUGGCUUUAUCUGAGCACGGCCGCAAGCCUGAUUUCACACUGAGCAUCGCCAGUCCCGACAGUGCGAGAGCGCUUCUGGAGGCGGUGGAGGCAAUUGGUGGAACUGUUACAGCGCUCUGA